AUGCGCUCUUUGUGCACGACCCUCUCCCAGACCGUUCAUUAAUCUGUCAGAAUGUGACUUACUCCCUCCGAACUGGCAUAAAUUACACCACAUCCGCCCCUGUAUGUAUGAAAUUAUUAUACGGAGAAGUAGAAAUAUAGGCCAAGCAAUCUAAUUUAGAAUUAAUGCCCUUGGCAAAUUAGUAGAUAUACAUUGUACAGUUUCAUCUACAUUAAUGUUUAUAGUAGUUAUAAAUAUAAUAUGAAAUAAUAAACAAACCUCCCAGCUCUACGAUUUUCAUCACUAAAAAUAGAGUAGUGAACGCGCUCUCAUUGCACGAUUGUAACGUAGAUGGCUGAAGAAUCAGCAGCAAAAAACGAUAACAGUGAGGUGUUUAGUAAACAGGUAAUUGAUCAUCUUCGACAGUUUGUAAACGAUCCAGGCUUGAGUGACGCUUUGCACUUCUUUACCACUGGAGAAGUGGGCGAUCGCGAAGAGUGCAUUUUGAAGAUCGCGAGUGCGCUCGUCGGAAAUGCACCUCAAUUUAUUCAAUUUCCAACAGGAGGCGAUUUAAUCGACGCCCAAGAGAAAUUUUAUAGACUUAGCCAAAGUGUGAACGAAGACUUUGGAUUUCCAAAUUUGAUCGGCGUCAUCGACUGCGAGCGUGUCAAGUUUGUAGAAAAAGAAGAAGAGGGUAGCAUCAAGGUCCAAUUCGUCUGCGGCCCCGAUCUCCAAUUUUACAAUGUGCUCGCUGCCUUUACCGGGCAAUGCGGGAACGUGCAAAUUUGGCAUAACAGCAAGCUACGUGCUCAGCUGGAACAUCAAGAAUCCCCAGACAAAUGUUGGCUAAUUGGAAACUCGGACUAUUUCCAGGACCCGGUGAUAAUGUGCCCCAUUCCGGAAGCGAAAAGUGAGCCGGAGAAGCUAUACAACAGUAGUCAUGGCAUCGUUCAUAAGUGCAUAAAGAGAGCUCUGUAUUUGUUAAAAAAACGAUUUAAAUGUUUAGACACAGUGUUACAUUUUAAUGCACAAGAAGUGUGUGCAAUAACUAUUGCUUGUUGUGUGUUGCACAACAUAUGCAUGCGCCAUGAUGAUUUUAAUAUUGAUUACCAGUACUUACUCUUAAUUGCCGAUUUGGAUAAAAAUGGGCAUAUUGAGGAAGUGCAUGCUAAAGAGAAUUGUUCUGAACAUGUAGUUUCUAAAUAAGUAGGUACGCCACUUCAAUGUGCAAAGAUUUUUUAUGCUGGGUAUGUUUUCCAGUUCGUAAUGCUGUAAAUACUUUUCCCAUGGCAAAAUCUGAUUUUAAUAAAUGUAUUUUAUUAAGCGGAAAAAAAUCUACGA